GUAGAAGACGUGAAUGUGCGCGAGAAGGCCGUGGAGUCUCUACGUCGACUGGCGCGGGAGCACACUGAUCGCGAUCUGCAAGACCACAUCUUCCCGCUGGUUCAACGUCUUGCCACCGGCGACUGGUACAGUAGCCGUGCCUCAGCCUGCGGCCUCUUUGCCGUCAUCUAUCCCCGUGUAA